AUGUCCUCGUACCCUCCGCGCUCGCACGUGGGUUUGGAGCCUCGUCUGCAUGCUGUGCUCUCCCGCUCGUCCAAAGACGCUGCUUCUCUUCGACGACCUGAUCCUCACCCGGCACGCGACGGUUCGCUCACCCUCGGCCUCAGAGGAGCCUCCCAGAACAUCCAAGAGCUGAAGCUGCAGGUGUCGAGGGACUUGAACACGAGGAAAGAGAUGAUAGAGGCGCUCAAUGCGGAGGAGAAGGCGAAGCGAGAAGCCGACUACCAGAAGCGGCUAGCUCAGUGGCAUCGCAACCGCAUGCCGCGCGCGGACGGGAUGCACAUUGACGAGUACGAGAAGUGGUGCAAGACGUCGGAGAGCUCGAGCUUUUCCAAGGCGGUGGUCAAGAACAGCAUCGGGGCCGGCAAGGGCCAACCCGUUGUCAAGACUGCGAAGCGAGGGCGAGGAAUCAAGUCAAGGACGGCGUGA